GGAGGUCUGCCCAUCCCCGAAAGCGCCAGAUUCCAGAGGUCCCCGGGGUAUCCCGAUCCGAUGCUGGGCGGGGCGCAGUGCGUGCUUCCAGACGCCCGGCAGAGUCCGCCCUCGAGCUCGUGCUCGCCGCCAGGCCCCGCGUGCGGCCGGACCGCGGCUUGUGGCGGCAGCUGCGCUGGCUGCAGGGCGAGGUGCGAGCCGGGCGUGUGGGUCUGCCAGGCCCGGCGGCCGCCGGAGCGGCGGCGCCGCUCGGCGGCGCUGCGCGUGGUCUGGUCCGGGAGCUGGACGGCUCACUUGCGCGGCCCGCUGUGGUGGCGCCACCACUCGGCGCACUGGCAGUGGCACCGCGAAAGAUAG